CUUCUCUCCAAAGAAAAUCUUGAAUAUCAUAAGACAGUGGUGUGACGCCCACCUUUCAAGAAGUCCAAGAACACAAAUUAAGAGGGGAUUUAUACUUGUCUGAGAUCGCACGCUGUUUGCUUCUUCUUUCGUCUUUCAAAAAGCAAAGAUCAAAUCCCAGCUCUAACUCUUCUCCAUGGAUAGAGAAGCUGAAUGUUGCUCCACACACCUGAUAGAUGGGGAUGGUACUUUCAAUGCAGCUGGACUUGAUAAUUUUAUCAAACAAGUCAAACUGGCAGAAUGUGGACUUUCUUAUGCUGUUGUAGCUAUCAUGGGCCCACAGAGCAGCGGGAAGAGCACACUUCUAAAUAAUCUUUUUUAUACCAACUUCAGGGAAAUGGAUGCUUAUAGGGGAAGGUCUCAGACUACUAAAGGUAUUUGGAUAGCAAGAUGUCCUGCUAUUGAACCUUGCACCAUUGUAAUGGAUCUUGAGGGCACUGAUGGAAGAGAGAGAGGAGAGGAUGAUACUGCAUUUGAAAAACAGAGUGCACUUUUUGCACUUGCUGUUUCAGAUAUAGUGCUUAUAAACAUGUGGUGUCAUGAUAUUGGGCGUGAGCAGGCUGCAAAUAAACCUCUUCUGAAAACCGUUUUCCAGGUUAUGUUGAGGUUGUUUAGUCCACGUAAAACAACUUUAAUGUUUGUUAUACGCGAUAAAACAAGGACACCUCUUGAAAACCUAGAGCCUGUCUUGAGGGAAGAUAUCCAAAAGAUAUGGGAUUCUGUUCCUAAGCCAGAAGCCCACAAACACACCCCACUGAGUGAAUUUUUCAAUGUUCAAGUUGUUGCACUGUCUAGUUAUGAAGAGAAGGAAGAACAAUUUAAAGAGCAGGUGGCUGAUUUGAGGCAAAAGUUUUUCCAUUCCAUUGCCCCUGGUGGUUUAGCAGGUGAUAGGCGAGGGGUAGUUCCUGCUUCAGGUUUUUCCUUCAGUGCACAACAAAUCUGGAAAGUCAUCAAAGAGAACAAAGACCUUGAUCUUCCAGCUCACAAGGUGAUGGUGGCAACUGUUCGAUGUGAAGAAAUUGCUAAUGAGAAAUAUUCUUCUUUUGUUACAAAUGAGAAUUGGCUUGAAUUAGAAGAGGCUGUACAAUCUGGUUAUGUGUUAGGCUUUGGAAAGAAGCUUAGUUCACUACUUAACAAAACUUUAUCCAGUUAUGAUGAAGAGGCAACAUACUUUGAAGAUAGUGUUAGAUCUGCAAAGAGAAAGCAAUUGGAAGAGAAAUUGUUGCAACUUGUUCAACCAGCCUACCAAUUAAUGUUGGAACAUAUAAAAUCCGGGACAUUGGAAAACUUCAAAAAAGCUCUUAUUGAUGCAUUGAAUGGUGGACAAGGGUUUGCAGUUGCUGCACGCGACAACACUGCAAAAUUCACAACACUAUUUGAAGAACAAUGUGAAGAUGCCAUUAUCAAGCAAUCGAAGUGGGAUUCGUCUAAAAUAAGGGAUAAAUUUUCACGCGAUUUAGAUUCACAUAUUCUUGAAGUUAGAACAGCUAAACUAUCUGAACUUAAUGCACUAUAUGAGACAAAAUUGAAAGAGGGAUUAUAUGGUCCAGUUGAAGCUCUUUUAGAAGGUGGUAGUGAUGAUACAUGGGCUGCAAUAAGGAAACUUCUUCAUCAAGUAACUGAAAAAGCUGUUUCCGAAUUCUCUUUUGCACUUUCUGGUUUUGAAAUGGAUGAUGAAGAAAAAGAAGAUAUGAUUUUGAAAUUGAAAAAUUAUGCAAGAGGGGUAGUUGAAGGGAAGACAAAAGAAGAAUCUGCAAAAGUUUUGUAUCGUAUGAAAGAAAGAUUUACAUCGAUUUUCAACCAUGAUAAUGAUUCAAUGCCACGAGUCUGGACUGGAAAGGAAGAUAUUCGAGCAAUAACUAAAAUGGCUCGCUCUUCUUCUUUAAAGUUGCUCUCUGUGUUGGCUGCAAUUCGUUUGGAUGAAGAAAAUGAUACAAUUGGGGACACUUUAGUCCUUGCAUUAGUGGAUCCCAAAAAAGCCACUAAUAAUAAGACUACCCUUUCAGACCCAUUGGCCUCAAGCACAUGGGAAGAGGUUCCACCUACAAAAACACUCAUAACUCCUGUUCAAUGCAAAUCAUUGUGGAGCCAGUUUCAAAAAGAAACCGAAUAUACAAUCACUCAAGCUAUUGCUUCCCAGGAAGCUAAUAAACGCAAUAACAACUGGUUACCACCUCCAUGGGCUAUCGCUGCCAUGGUGGUACUUGGAUUCAACGAGUUCAUGACUCUUUUGAGGAAUCCUUUAUGGCUGCUUGUUAUAUUCGUAAGCUACCUUCUUGCAAAAGCUUUAUGGGUCCAACUAGACAUAUCUGGUGAAUUCCGAAAUGGAGCUCUUCCAGGGAUUUUGUCACUAUCAACAAAAUUCAUUCCAACAGUGACGAAUCUUCUUAGAAAAUUAGCAGAACAAGGGGAAAGGCCUGUGAACCCAACAGCACAAACUAUUCAAGGGAGUACAAGUGGUUUUUCAUCAACUGCUUCAUCUGAUGUAACUAAUGAAAAUGAAAUGGAGUACACUAGCCCUACAUCAAGAUCACACAACAAAGAUUUAUGAAUAAACAUCAAUUUCUCACCCAAACCCAAUAACCCGCUUUCUGUAUCUAUGAAAAAACUUGUUUAUUUUGGCGGAUAAAAAAACGUGUCAUGGGCUUUUUUUUUAAAAGAUGUGACAUGUGAGAAGGCAAUAGAGUUUUAAUAGAGGAUAUGCGUAUAUUUUUUGUAUGUGUGUGUUCUUUUUGUCAUAGAUUUGGCCGAUUUUGGUUGUAUCAAGGGGAAAGAAACUUGUGAUUUUGGAUGUGUAAGUGACUUGUUGUAUACUUUGGGUAUAAUGUGGUUGUGUUGGAUUUGGUCGUUUUAAGAUA